GCCAUUUUGUGCGGGGGUGACGGGAGGCGCCCUCACAGCUUCGCCUCUUCUCGGUCGAGGGAGUAGAGCAGAGGGAGUCCUCGGGCUUGUGGAAGAGAGGAAUGAGCGCUGGCAGGUGGGGAUGACCCCUGUCACCAGCCCAAGGGCACCUUUCCUCAGCUGGGAGCGAGCAGGAGCGUUUGUUUGAGUCGGCGGCCCUGGAAGUGGGGACCUUCCGUUAGCGCCCCCUGGAGAAUUCACUGAGAUUUAGAGAUUAACAUUCAAUCUAAAAAUGUUCAGCUCUGCAGAUGAGGUUUUUUCAUUGGAAAACUUAUUUUAUGAAAGACCAGAUACAAAGAAAAGAGAUCUAGAAAAUAACAAGUCAAACAUUUGGUGGAUUGCACCUGCUCCAGCAAUUGAUGAAAUUCCACCUGCAGAGGAGCUACAGAGGGAACUGGAAAAAAACACAGCCAGCAGUUGCAUGGGAGGGAUAAAGCACCAAAAGUUUAUACAACAAUGUAAGAGUAUCACUGAGGAAGUAAAUGACAAAUCACCAGCACCUACUCAUUUUGGCAUAGCUUCUGAAAAAGAAAUGCUCCGAUUAUGUGUAGGAGAAAGAACAAAAAAGCAUGGAAGUCUGAAAAUGGCUUCAACGUUUCUCUCUCCCGAUAAAGCUAAAUAUAAAAUAGGAACAGAGAUUUUUCAGCAACCCGAUUCAAAUUUCUCACAGACUAAAAUAUUAAUUAAUUUUCCAGAAAAUGGUGAUGAUGAGAGUGUUCAUUCACCGUUUCGAAAAAGCUUAUUUAAAAUGCCCGGUUGUAUGUAUAAAAAUACAGAAUUUAAAGAUAGUUCAAUGGAUAUGAAAGAAGUUGAUACUCACUUUAAUACAAGUGAAAACGUGACAGAAGUGAAAAAAGAUACAUGGAGAGAAAAUCAUCAGCCUCCAGUAACUAAAGACUCAGAUUUUACCCUACAUAGGGUAAAUGAUGGGGACAUGGCAUCUAAAAUUGGAAUUAAAAUAAAAUCAUUGUCCGGUCCUUCAAAGAUUCUGGAGAUGACAGGAACUACAGGAAGAAACUUAGAAAUUUUGAGGGCUGUUACAGAAAUACCGACCCAAUUUAGAUGUAUUUUUAAGGAGUUUCCAUACUUUAACUAUGCACAAUCUAAAGCUUUGGAUGAUCUUCUUUAUACAGAUAGAAAUUUUGUGAUUUGUGCUCCAACUGGCUCUGGAAAAACUGUAAUGUUCGAACUAGCUAUUACCAGAUUACUUAUGGAAGUCCCAAUGCCUUGGCUAAAUAUUAAAGUUGUUUAUAUGGCUCCAAUAAAAGCUCUAUGCAGUCAACGUUUUGAUGAUUGGAAAGAAAAAUUUGGACCCAUAGGACUCAGCUGCAAGGAACUGACAGGAGAUACAGUGGUGGAUGAUUUAUUUGAAAUACAUCAUGCUCAUAUUAUUAUCACUACACCUGAAAAAUGGGAUAGCAUGACUAGAAGGUGGAAAGACAACUCUAUAGUUCAGCUUGUGCGACUGUUUCUCAUAGAUGAGGCAAGAAAAUUAAUGAUUUUAUAUGCUUUUUUUCUUCUUGACGAUGAAAGGGUGCAUGUUAUAAAGGAUGAAAGCCGUGGCGCAACAUUGGAAGUUGUAGUCAGUCGAAUGAAGACCGUUCAGUCUUCUCUUUGGCGUCUUUCAGAGAAUCAUGAUGUUCCUCCUUUGAGAUUUGUAGCUGUUUCAGCAACAAUUCCAAACGCUGAAGAUAUUGCAGAAUGGCUUUCAGAUGGGAAGAUGCCUGCUGUUUGUCUGAAAGUAGAUGAGGAUCAACGACCAGUGAAGCUACGCAAAAUUGUUCUUGGUUUUCCUUGCAGUGACAGUCAGACAGAAUUCAAAUUUGACUUAACUCUGAACUACAAAAUAGCUAGUGUUAUACAAGCAUACUCUGAUCAAAAACCAGUACUGGUGUUCUGUGCCACAAGAAAAGGAGUGCAGCAAGCUGCUUCUGUUCUUUCAAAAGAUGCCAAAUUUCUACUGAGUGUAGAGCAGAAACAAAGGUUACAGAAGUCUGCAAAUUCAUUGAAAGAUUCCAAGCUUAGAGAUCUUUUAAUGUAUGGUCUGGCGUAUCAUCAUGCGGGUAUGGAGGUUUCUGACAGAAAAAUAAUUGAAGGAGCUUUUACUGCAGGAGAUUUACCCGUACUUUUUACUACUAGCACCUUAGCUAUGGGAGUCAAUCUGCCUGCACAUCUGGUGGUUAUAAAAUCCACAAUGCACUAUGUUGGAGGAGUGUUUGAAGAGUACAGUGAAACUGAUAUUCUGCAAAUGAUUGGGAGAGCAGGAAGGCCUCAGUUUGACACAACAGCUACAGCAGUAAUUAUGACUCGUUUGAGUACAAGGGAGAAGUAUAUACAGAUGUUAAAUGGUGCAGAUAUAAUAGAGAGCAGCUUGCACAGACAUCUUGUGGAGCAUUUAAAUGCAGAAAUAGCGUUACAUACUGUCACAGAUGUCACUGUAGCUUUGGAAUGGAUACGAUCAACGUUCUUGUACAUUAGAGCUUUAAAAAAUCCAACUCAUUAUGGUUUUUCAUCUGGAUUGGAUAAAAUUGGAAUUGAAGCGAAAUUACAAGAACUCUGUUUGAAGAACUUGAAUGAUUUAUCGUCUUUCAAUUUGAUCAGGAUGGAUAAAGAAAAUAAUUUCAAGCCAACAGAGACUGGAAGAUUAAUGGCAUGGUAUUAUAUUGCAUUUGAUACAGUAAAGCAGUUUUUCAGAAUUAAGGGAACCGAAACUUUAAAGGAAUUGGUUACAAUGAUCUCCAACUGCACAGAAUUUCUAGAUGUCAAGUUAAGAACAAAUGAGAAGAAAAUACUGAAUGCCUUGAAUAAAGACAAGGACAAAGUAACUAUCAGGUUUCCAAUGGAGGGGAGGAUUAAAACAAGAGAAAUGAAAGUAAACUGUCUUAUUCAGGCUCACCUAGGAUGCAUUCCUGUUCAAGACUUUACUUUGACACAAGAUACUGGCAAAAUAUUUAGAAAUGGUGUAAGAGUUACUAGAUGGUUAUCUGACUUUCUGGCAUCAAGUAAAGACAACUUUUCUGCAUUAUUAAACUCUUUGAUUUUAGCUAAGUGUUUCAGGUGCAAACUUUGGGAAAAUUCACUUCACGUGUCUAAACAAUUGGAAAAAAUUGGUGUGUCAUUGUCAAAUGCUAUGGUAAAUGCUGGGCUGACAUCAUUUAAAAAAAUAGAAGACACAAAUGCAAGGGAGCUUGAAUUGAUUUUAAACAGACAUCCUCCUUUUGGAAACCAGAUAAAAGAAUCUGUUUUGCAUCUUCCAAAAUAUGAACUUAACAUUGAACAGCUUCCAAAAUACAGUGAUACAAUGGCUGAAAUUUUAGUAACCACCAUAUUAACAAACUUUGAGCAGCUACAGACAAGGAGAACAGCGUCAGACUUUCACUAUGUUACGUUGGUUGUAGGAGAUGCUGACAAUCAAGUCAUUUUUAUUCAGAAAAUAAUGGAUUCUGUGCUGCUGAAAACUGGAAAUUGGAUGAAGAAAAUUGAGGUGAAAAGAGCUCUUAAAUCAGAUGACAUUAGUAUAAAUUUAAUUAGUUCUGAUUAUGUUGGCCUUGAUAUACAGCAAACAUAUACAGCCUUUUACUUAACACCAAGAACAGUGGGAAGUAAAGUAGUUAUAAAUAAACUGAAAGCUGAGUCUUCUCUUGAUACAUCUCGUGGCACAGCACAAAAUCUGCCAGCAGCAAAAGUGGAUUCAGGAAGCAGGUCUAAAGAAGAAAAUAUCUGUAAGAAAUACAGUAACAGAGAAUGUAACCAUCGCUGUAAAAAUAAAGAUGUGUGUGGACAUGACUGCUGUAAAACUGGAGUACUUUCUAAGUCUGAGACGAGUGGAGAUUCAAAGUUUAGUUUGUACCUGGCUGAUUUAAGGAGCAGGAACUCUACUUCAUCUGUGCCCCCAGUAAAGCGGUUAAAGAUGCAGAUGUUAAAUCAGGCUCAAAAUGUGGAUCUCAAACAAUUUGUUUUUGAACCCAAAUCUUUGAUGCCAGCAUCAUCAAGGUCUGGCAAUAAAGAGUCAUUUUCAUCACCUUCAGUGGUCCAGGUAGAUAGUUUUAAUAACUUAGGAAAAUCUCAGAAACAAUUCCAGUCCUGGAACUAUGGAAAGAGUGAUGCUUUGGAUAUGAGUGCUGAACUGAGAGAUGACGUUUGGGAUGAUCUUGAUGAUGAAGUAUUAGUAGUUGCUAGCAACCUUUUCAGUAGAGAAUUAGAUGAGUAUGAAACCCUUCACAAGUAUUCAACAAGUGAAGCCACAAGUGACAUUUCAGAAGAUUCUUGCCUAUUACAAGGUGAUACCAGGAUUCAGAACCCAGUUCUCUCUGUGUUUAAUAGCUCAUCAAAAGUGGAAUUAUCUGUACAGAGUGGACAUAUAAAUACAUUCACUUCUCAAGAAAACGAGCAUUCAAAUCUUUCACAAGAGCUGGAAAAAAUACAAUGUUCUUCAAUUUCAAAAAUAAUCCCAGACUCUUCUAAAUUCACUAGGAAAGAGAAUUUUUUUAUUUUCACGAAGGAACAGGAAGAAGAAAAGGAACCUAGAUAUCUUCCUGAUGAUGAGACCAGUGAUGUCAAGCCUUUGCUUGGACUACUUGAUGACAUAUUUUAAAACAAUAUAUUUUGGAAGAUCAAAACUGAUAACCAAAGUAUAUCUCCCUGGCAGUAAUUGAAUUCAGAUACACAGUGACUACGCUUCAAAACUUAUAUGGACAGAAAGACCAAACUGACUGCAAAAGUAGAAAAAUCUACUCAAGGUUGGAUUGUUUGUAUGAUCUCUUCUGGGUUUUUUUUUCUUGUUUUUUUUUUUUUUUUUUUGUUUACCUUUUUAAUUAAAACAUUCAAAUAAAGGUAACUCUUAGUUACUGCACUACUGCUAUGUUUAGACCAGCAGUCCCAGUUAAGCAAAUCUUAGUCACGUGUUAUGACACAUAAGAAAAAGCAGAGUUUACCUCUGCCAAACCAUUUCUUAUUUCCAUAGCAGGAACUCUGGUGUUUCUCCACAGAUGCUAGAUAUGAAUGACUCAGGGACCAAAAUCCUAGUCGUGCCCCAAAAGGUAUGCAUAGACAUAGCUAUUAUGAGCUCUCUAAUUUUAGUUGUUUAACUGAAUAAUCUAAAGGUCAUAAACCUUGUUUACCUGUACGCCCUAGAAAGAGGCAGACAGUGUCAGAAGAUGAUUCAGAUUGUAAGUGGGCUGAAUUACUCUCUAGUGGACCUCAUCAAAUUAUGUUAUGAUGAAAGUGACCACACACAGUUAGUGUGGAAAAGCAGCUGUGCUGUAAAUUCAUAGUAAAUUAAAUAAAUAUUGCUUUUCUUGCAUAAAUGAGGUGCUUGGGUUCUUUUACCCCCAUAAGGAUCUUAUUUUUCCUUGUUGAGUAGUCUUAUUUCUGUACAGCAAAAGAUGGCUGUGCUCCACUAAUUUUGCUGCAUACAGCUUCCUUUCAGGUGCCUCGCUGACGAUAAAAUAUACUAAUUAAAUUCACUGUGAGGCAGUUUCAUUCAGCUGCUUCCCAUUGAUAAAAUACUGACUUAAAUAAAAAUAUUGUUGAAGUAUGAAGGAAUCUUGUUAUUUUUUAAUUCUGCAUAGAGUUGUAACAUUAGAUAAGUGACUUGAGUUUGAAUCAGUUGAAUUGUGUAAGUAGUUCUUUCAGAAUGUCACUGAUUUCAGUCUGAGGAUGAUUCUAUAAAAUGUAUGUUAUGAAAAUACCUUUUCCCACAGUGGAGCCAUGAAAGAAAAUUCAAUGUGACAAGAAGUCAGAUUUUACUGUCUUACUUGUCUGAUUCUCUGUAAUAAAAUACAUGCUCAUACCUGCUUUUAAUUUAACUUCAUCUUCCUUAUAUGCUUCCUUGUCCUAUCAAAUGUAUUGGUUUCAAAAUAUAAAGUAAGGUCAGCUGUGUCUGUGCCUUAAGAAAAUGCAAUACGCACUCAAAAGACACAAUCAAAAAUUACUGGCAGAAAAAUAAAUAUAGUGUUUAAACAUGUUGCCAGACACGUUUCUGUAUAAAGUAAGUUUAUAGCAUGUGGAUUGCUAUGAAUGUAGUGACAAUUGUAUGCAGCUUGUCUCAUGUUCAUUUCAAUUACAUAGAAUUCAUUCAUAUAUUUGAGCAGUUCAAUGAGUUAAACCAUACAGUGAUUGUUAAAAUAAUAAUGGAAGUUGUGGCAAGCAGGAAUCUUACUUUUUAGAUUUAUUUUUACUUAGAUAUCGCUUCACAGAACAGUUAAGUGAGAUAUAAAAGCUGGUGCUCUUAAAGGCAAUUAACAAUAAUGAGGAUUGAACAGAAAUUGCUGAAUUGAACCAAUAUGCAUCUGAAAAUAAUUAAAGUCAUUCAUUUUGUAGAGCACAAAUGAUACCCCUAAGACACCAUCGUGCCAGAAUUAGUGGCAUCUCCUCUAAAUGAAAGGGUGUCAUGCUUUACCUCUUGACCCCUUCUGCUUUAUUGUAGAAGCAAGAGUAGUGUGGGUCAGUUGUUCUACUGGUGCAGUCCUUAAAAGAUAUCCAUGAAAUGAGAUUCACGGAUGCCCUUUUUUGCCCCACUCUUCUAUUUAACAAGAAAUAGAGAAGGAAGUGCUACUCAGUAAGAGCAAAAUUCACUUUCUGUUGAGCACUAGAACCUCAUUGAAGGUUUACAUAAGAAUAUACUGAGGUAUAUACUUUGCGCUGACUGUUUGCAGUGAUGAAAUUCAGCUUGGGCUUUAUUGGCUGUCACUGCACAGCUGAGAGUAAGGUCUCCUGUAUAACCAUGUUGCCAUUAUUUGUUCCUCAAAAUUCUACUGAGAAAAAAUUGUAUCCCUCUAAGCCCCCUCCUCUCUGCCAGUGACAACUCCUGGUCUCUACAUGCUCUUGGCAGAUUUUUUCAGAUGAAGUAGGCUUGGGCUGCACCUCGUGAGCAAUAGGAGGAGGCUAUUUGUCUCCUAUGCUCUGCAAGUUCUUUGAUCACUCUUCUGCUUUGCUCUGGUUGUGAAGUGGCUGGGAAAGCUGUCCUGGUAUUAACCUGCAGUCCUGCACUGCAUGUCCUGUUCUUAGUGCAAAGUCCUGAUACAGGUUGUUUAUAUCAGCUAGGGAGAGCUGCUUUCCAAUUCACUCUGGUAUGCUAACUGCUGCAGUGAAAGCCACUUUCAUUUUGAUCCUGUGAGAUGUGCUCUGACUGUUACUGGGUUUGUCCUCCUGCAGUUUUUAAAUUGAUUGUUUCCACGUGCCAGUACUUGCAAGCAUCUGAGCAGUGGUGUGCGAUAAUGUUGCAUGUUUUGCAGAAAUGCAGUACAUGAGGUGUAUAAAGCAGGUGUAUAUUCUUUCCACUAUAGCUCGUGCCCAGAUAUACUAGCAAGGUGUUUGUUGGUUUUGUUGGGUUUUUAUUUGUUGUUGUUUUUUUUCCUAUAUUAAACAUAGAGGACAUGGAGCUAGUAUGUAACGAUUACACAGACUUUCCUUUUAGUUCAUGCUAAAAAUAGCAAUUUUUAUAUUUUAGACAGCUGAGCAUAGGGGAAAAUGUAAAACAUUUUGUUUUGGAGGCUGGUAGGGAAUUUUGUUUGUAUAAAUGUAACAAUGUUUCUUUCAUAACUGUGAAACUUCCCAUUAAGGGAUGCGUAUAACUUUCAAAAUAAAAAGAUACUUGUAACUGUAAA